AUGGCCGUGUCGGAUCUGGACAGUUCGCUCGAGAAUUUAAUCAACACGUUUAAUGAGCUCAAUUCCACCACUGUGGAUGAACUCUUCUCAGAGCCGAGCCCUCUGGAGUUUAUGCGCUAUGUGGCUCGUAACACGCCGUUUGUGAUCAGAGGAGGGGCCUCGAGUUGGAAAGCAACGAAGAAAUGGAACGCUGCCUAUCUGAAGACGGCUCUCGAGGGCCAGUUUGUGAAUGUUGCCGUUACUCCGUUUGGCAAUGCCGAUGCUCCAACAUUUUCUUCGGAGCAUCAGGCCACGGUAAUUGCAAAGCCUCAUGAAGAGACUCAGCAAUUCGGCGACUUUUUUGCAUACAUCACCCAGCAGGAGACGGAUCCGGAGUUUCCUCUCGACUCUGAAGUGAGAUAUGCCCAAACUCAAAACGACAAUCUUCGGGAUGAGUAUCUUCCAUUGUAUCCCGAUGCUCUGAAGGACAUUCCCUUUGCACGGAUCGCCCUAGGAAAAGAACCAGAUGCCAUCAACCUAUGGAUUGGAAACUCGAGAUCCACGACAUGUUUGCAUAAAGACAACUUUGAAAACAUCUUUGUGCAGAUUGUGGGCAGAAAGCACUUCGUCCUGCUACCGCCACUGCUCCACGCAUGCGUCAACGAAGAUCUACUUCUGCCGGCAACGUACGUUCGAGAGGGCCAGGGCUUCACGCUUCAACUUGACCCGGAUUCUCCUCCAGUGCCACUGGCGACUUGGGAUCCUGAUGAUCCUGGACGAAAUACUUCACCUCUGUCUGCGUUGGCAAAGCCUCUUCGUGUGACUCUGGAUCCUGGAGACAUGCUAUAUCUCCCUGCUAUGUGGUAUCACAAGGUCAAGCAGUCCUGCAUCGAUGAUGGCGAAGGAUUUGUACUGGCUGUAAACUAUUGGUAG